CCGCAGAAGGAGGGGGAGGAGGAGGAGGAGAAGGAGGGGAAGGCAGCGGCUCGCCCCAGGCUGCAGCCGGCUCGGGAUUGCCCCCCGGGGGCGGGCCGCGGCGGCAUGCGGCUCCCCCGCCGGCUCUCCCUGCUGCGGCCGCCCGGCAGGCUCCGAGCGGCGCUGGCAGCGGGGAGGCGCGGCGCGGCCCGCGGCCGGCACGGAGGCACCAUGGCCGAGCAGGCCAAGCGGCUCGCAGCCUGCGCCGCCGUCGACAAGCACGUCCAGAACAAUCAAGUUCUCGGGAUUGGAAGUGGUUCUACGAUUGUGCAUGCAGUGCAUCGAUUAGCUGAGCGGGUUAAACAGGAGAACUUGACAAUUGUCUGCAUCCCUACGUCUUUUCAGGCCCGUCAGCUGAUCCUGCAGAAUGGCUUAACGCUAAGUGACUUGGACCGACAUCCAGAGCUUGACGUUGCCAUUGAUGGAGCAGAUGAAGUGGACUCUGACCUCAACCUUAUCAAAGGUGGCGGUGGUUGCUUGACCCAGGAGAAGAUAGUUGCAGGAUAUGCAAAAUGCUUCAUCGUUAUUGCCGAUUAUAGGAAAAAAUCAAAGAGCCUUGGGGAGCAGUGGAAGAAGGGGAUUCCCAUCGAAGUCAUCCCCAUGGCUUAUGUCCCCGUCACCAGAGCCCUGACCAAAAACUUUGGAGGUGCUGUGGAGUUGCGGAUGGCUGUUAGCAAAGCGGGCCCCGUGGUGACAGACAAUGGGAACUUCAUCCUAGACUGGAAGUUUGACAAGGUUCAUGAGUGGAGUGAAGUGAACACUGCUAUAAAAAUGAUACCAGGUGUGGUGGAGACUGGACUCUUCAUCAACAUGGCAGAGGUGGUGUAUUUUGGCAUGGAGGAUGGCUCAGUCAGCGUGCGGAAGAAGGAGCCUCGCUGAUGCCAACAUGCUGCUGGCUCUGCUUUGCCUUCAGCCAGUUUGAUUCAGCUGUUGUAAUGAUGCCAACCUUGCCUUAACGAGCAGCGGUUAUUGCAGAAGAUGAAUGGGAAGUUGAUCAGAAUCCGCUGACAUGAUACUGAAUGUCUUUUUUUAAAAAAACAACAAAAAUGAUACUCUAUUUCUAUAUAUAUAUAUUUUUACUUUACAGGAAUGUUGUCUUUUUUUAAAUAAUCAUUUAAACAAAUUGCUUUAAUGUUUUUAUUUUAUUUUCUAAGAAAUACUUACCAAAAAGAAUACUCCUCGUUUUGUGUUUUGGUUUUUUUUUUUUUUUCUUUAUUCAAACAGAACUUGAACCCUUCUGGUUGCUCAUAGCGUUUAGUGACUGAGGUCAGAAACACAAUCCUAAUGCAUUGUUCCCAACCACCCUGGCUGGGAGAGUGAUGCUCAUAAUGGGAGUGCAUCCAGUUGGGACCUGAUGAUGCCUUAUUUGGAACCUUUUUGGUUCGGUAUUUUAAGCCUUUUAUUUUUCUAUACCACUGUUUUUUAAUACUUCGGGAUGUGUACUUGUCCUCUGUGCACAUGACAAUUCUCUGAGCCAAUGGUGGUCUCUACAUCCCUCUGUCUGGGACACUAAUAAGGGCCUUUUCUGGGCCUCUGUAUGGAGGAGAUAUUCAUCCUUUGAGCCAAAUUCUGCUCUCCAUUAAUUCAGUACCUCUGAUUAAAGUUUGUUCCUGUAGCUGGAGAUGUUUGGGACUUUGUCCUUGCAAACUGAGAGCAGAACUGAGUCCUUGAUGAAGUUUACAGAAACAUAUUUGAGUAGCUUAGGGCAGCGUGGAAUACUGUUAAAUUAUUUAAGGCAAAUUAUUUGAUUUGGAGUGAAGAUUAAUUAUCGCCCCUUGCCACUCAUUGAUUUGUGGAAGGAUAGAGCAGAACGCACAGGAAAAACUGAGUCUUCCUGCCUAAAUUUUCCACAUGUAGCAGGAGAGAGACACUUGUUCAAUAUCUUAUUCUCGGUGUAUAGGUGCUUUGCAUGGUUCUGGUGUCAAAACGCAAGCCCUCUCUUUGUGUUGUAGACACUGAAAUAAAGAGCUGUUAUACCGGAGCUGGUGGUAAUUUGGUUUUUAAAUUAACUAUUUUGUGGACAAUGGGACAGAUCAAAGGGACAGAUCAAAGUCAGGCUGACUUAUGCUGUAGUUUGCCUCUUACAAGGGCCCUUCACCCAGGCCAAAUUCACCCUUCUGCCUUUCGUUUCUUUUUGCUUAAGAUAAAUACAUGAACCAGAUUACUUAAUCAGUACUUGUUGGCUGGUACUUGCCUCAAGACUGAUUUAAAUUUGCAUGUCUUAAAUUUGCAUGUCUAAACCCUGCACAUCUAGCUUCUUUUUACAAAAAAGUGCUAUUUUUACAUCUCUAAAUUUUCCAUUUUCUGCACAUCUAUUCUGUUAAUUCUGAAGCACAAAUAGGCUGCCAUCCAGCCAACAACUUGCUGGAAACACUAGAGUACUCUUCCAACAAACCUGAUGCUGCAGAAGCCGUAUGUAAAACCCUGGUUCUUGCCAUGGGCUGUUUUCAGAUGCAACUUGGGCUCCUAAUGUAAUCCUAGAUAAACAGAAAGCAAUCAAGCAAAGCUUUGUGCCCAAGUGCCUUCUUGCUCAGCAUGCUUCUGCAAAUGAGAUUAGCAGGAGCAAAUGUUGCUGUUGACUCUCUUCUCUCUCUCUCUGAAAUCAAACAGCUCCUUCUCAAAAAGCCAAUAAAACCAUUACUGCACCAUUACUUUCUGGCCCUGCACCAGCUGUGAUCUCAUUCAGCUUUGUGCUUGGCAGGGGCUUGUUAAAUCACCUGAAGGUGUCGGGUCCAGCUCUUUGAGCUUCUCUGGGUGCUUGGGAUGCAGGUAGCACUGGUAGGUGCUUUUGCAACAGAUGCCACUGCUGGACUAGGAUUUUAAGCAGGUCAUGGGCUGUGGGUUAUGGAUACAGAGUUCACUGUAGUACAGAGGUGGAAUUAAAAUCCCUGCAGUUUUGGAGAAAACUUGGUUUCUGAACCAGUUUUGGAGGAUUUGUGCAGAUUUCUUUUGUGCAAACUGCCACAGCUCAGAUUUGCAGAGUGAGUGGAUGGAUUUUGGAGUUAAGGGGCUCUUAAGAAAGGUCUGGUCCUUUCCUUUGAAGGCUACCAGGCUUCUCAACCUCCAGGAGGUGUUGGAGUGUGUGAAAAGAAGGACUGGUGAAGGGUCUGGAGCACAAGCCUUAGGAGGAGAAGCUGAGGAAACUAGGGUUGUUUAGUCUGGAAAAAAGCAGUCUGAGGGGAGACCUUCUUGCUCUCCACAGCUCCCUGAA